AUGCCUCAAACUUAUAUUCAUAGAUUAACAAAAUACAUCCAUGUACAAACUGAUUUGGGCCCAAUACAAAAAGCUAAAUGGGCUAUAUAUAAAGCCUGUGAAAGCAAAAAAGGUUUAUUUCAAAAAGGAAGAAAUGAAGGUCUUGUUUGGGUUAAAGAAAACCAAGAAAUAAUGAUGUAUCCAGAUUCUGAUAAAACAACAGCACAAAAUCUAGUUAUGCCAUUAAGACAAGCAAGAGCUCAAAAUAAUAUAUUAGCUAUAUCUGUUGUUUUUUCAGGUUCCAGUGCUAGAAUUUCAGAUGCAUCAGAACUAAUAUUAGUGGAAAAUAUGUGCCACCAAGAAAUUUUAGGUGCUGUUGUUCUUUUAGCAACAAACAAAUUAUAUAUAUGGGGUGCUAAAGACAUAAGUGGCACUCGUCAAAAAACAGACAAUAUAUUAAACACAAUUCGUGCUUUUUUAAAACAUGCAAAAGUACAAAAUCUAAAUAUAGUAGCUAUGGUAACUAAUAGCAUAUUAUCUUACGCCUUAGCAAG